AUGGCGAGGCAGAAGAGCUACGGAGUUAAUCAACGUUCACAGCAUGGGAAACAUUGGCAUCCAAUAUUCUUCGAGCGUCGCUUCACUGGGGAUGACCCACUUGUGGAACAAUGCCGCAGAGUCUUCGUCGGCGAAGUCGAAGGCAACGAGACCAGCCGAAACGACAACCCGCAAAGCGGCGGGCACAGCGACGCGAAUCACGGCGAAGAGGAGGGAAAGGAUACUGAGGAUGACAGGAUUACCGACAACGCAAUGUCAGCUACGGGUGCCGCUGUCAGCAGCACCAAUACAGCACCCAAAUGGCAGCGAUAUCAAGGACAAGAGAUCAAGCUCUUGUUUGACGACAAGCUCAGCCAUAUGUUCCUCGGAGAUUGGGACGGAUCGAUCUCCUCAUGGGAGGCAAAAGUUGUGAGACACUUCUUCUCAAGUGAAGACAACAACGCAUUGGUCAAAGCUGAAGACAAUGCAUGGGCUUGGUUGGACGAUCGCGAGUACUGCACAGCCUAUCUUGUUCUACGCGAAGUCGAUCCAUUCCCAACUGAAAAGGCUGGAGUAGCGGAGAAAGACACCACGAACACGCCAUUGGUCGACCUGGCAUGGCUUGAUAUACAGUCGUCUUUUGGUUCAGCAUCCACCGGGCACGUUAUUGAAGAAGCCAAUAUUAGUGUUGUGGUAUGUGGGUGGAGUAACACUCAGUGGACUGGAUAUGCUUUCGCCAACACCCGUGUCGAAGCUGAGGAAGAAGAAGAUACCGAUUCUGAGGAAGAGGCCGAAGAUAUGCCUCAACAAGAUUUUCUGGCUGCUGAAGACGGCCUGGACUAUGUGCUCGAUGCAAACAAUCCAGAGUGGGAUGCGCGCAAAUAUUGGUUGAGAGUUCUCUCAGCUCGCUGCCAGCUGGUGUGGAAAGAGUGGCAGAAUCUAGUCCGUACUGUGGAAGAUGCCAUCGAAGCUUGGGCGAUGCAACUUCUGCGCACUCUUCGAGAUUCUCUAUCGAUGACACUUCGCGCAUACAGAAGGUUUGACGAGCCCGGCGGUGAUAAGUGCUACUUCUCCGAUUUGACCGGGCCAAGCGUCAUUGCUCUUCGCAAUGAUAUCAAGGAACAUUUCCAGAAGCUUGGAGACCUCUACCUGAGAUUGGGAUCUCUCAGGGCUUCUUGUAGACAUGUUUCGGAUCAUCUUGGCCGUAUACUGGAUCUUGAGGCUAACCGAUUGACCUUCGAGAGCAUUCAACUGAGCAGAGAGACCAACAAGCUGAAUGUGGAGAGCCACAAGUUGACAAUUAAGAGCAAUGAGCUGAACAUGGAGAGCCACAGAUUGAACAAAGAGAGCAACCAGCUCAAUCUGGAGAGCAAUCUGCUUAACAAAGACAGCAACCGGAUCAAUAUAGACAAUCACGAUCUGAGUGAGCGGACGCACAAAUUGAACCAACGAACGAGUGUCCUCAGCGACAAGAUGCGCGAGAUUAACGAAUUGAGCAUGAAAGCAGCACUGGCGAACCAAGCUGCUGCUGCGAAGACGAGCAACAGCACUCGUGUGAACGUUGAGUUGCUUCUCUUCACAACGCCAUUACAGAUGGUCCUCCAGUACUUCGGCUCCGAGAAGGACAUAUUCGCAUUCAGUCGCAAUCCAAAGUCAUUUGUUCUUGUCUCAAUUGUGCUGAUGCUCAUACUUCGACUCUUCGCUCUGUUAUUCGAGCAUGCGCAUUCUCUGCUCAGAGUAGUCUCAUGGAAGAAGUCGAUUCGUCGAAGCGAGAAACCGCCCCCUUCGUCUUCAGAGGGGCAAGGCAGCAUGGAGUUGGAGGUUAUGCAGCCGGUCUGA